AUGUUCGCACUACCGGAAUUAUCAAAGGAUACCGUCUUGUCAGUGUUCGUUUUGGUCAUUUGCUUUCUCAAAUAUGUCCAGGUGUUUGUCGUCUAUCACCAGGGAUUCUUUUUCAUACGAUUCGAAGUCAACAACUACGAUUAUGUGUUUUUUGAAAGAAUUCAUGGGUACAACCCUAUGAUUCCCCAUAGAGUGCAAACUGUUGAUCAGGAGCGGGCACUGGAAGAAGUGGAAGAAGAAACAGAGAUAAUGAUUUAA